CUCUUCUCCGACUGAGGGCAGCGUCUUCCCAACGCGGGAGUGGCAUUCUAGGGUUAGCUAUAAAUACCCGUCGAUCCUCUUGCUUCCUCUCCUUUUCUCCACAAAACCAGGUUCGGAGAAGAGGCAGAAGCGGAUAUCAACAACCCUAGCUCUAUCUCUUGCACAGAUCCCAAACAUGCCUCCCAAGGCUUCAAAAUCGAAGGAACAAGCUACCGAGCGGCCGAUCUUGGGCCGAUUCUCCUCUCAUUUGAAGAUAGGAAUCGUGGGGCUACCAAAUGUUGGAAAAUCUACUCUUUUCAACACGCUUACAAAGUUAUCAAUACCUGCGGAGAAUUUCCCCUUCUGCACCAUAGAGCCCAAUGAGGCGAGGAUCAAUAUCCCUGACGAGCGAUUCGAUUGGCUUUGUCAGCUAUACAAGCCAAAGAGCGAGGUGUCAGCAUUCUUGGAAAUCCAUGAUAUAGCUGGACUUGUACGAGGGGCUCAUGAAGGACAGGGGUUGGGAAACAGCUUCUUAUCUCACAUCCGUGCAGUUGAUGGAAUUUUUCAUGUCUUAAGAGCCUUUGAAGAUCCAGAUAUCAUUCAUGUCGAUGACUCUGUGGACCCUGUGAGAGACUUGGACGUUAUCACUGAAGAAUUACGGCUUAAGGAUAUAGAAUUCAUGGAACGGAAGUUGGACGAUCUUGAGAAAAGCAUGAAAAGAAGCAAUGACAAGCAGUUGAAAAUAGAGCAUGAGUGCUGUGAGAAGAUCAAAGCAUGGCUUCAGGAGGGCAAAGACGUCCGUCUAGGGGACUGGAAAGCUGCGGAUGUUGAGAUUCUGAAUACUUUCCAGUUACUUACUGCCAAACCUGUUGUCUAUUUGGUGAACAUGAAUGAGAAGGACUAUCAAAGAAAGAAGAACAAGUUUCUGCCAAAGAUACAUGCUUGGGUGCAAGAGCAUGGAGGCGAGCCAAUUAUCCCUUUCAGCUGUGUUUUGGAGAAGAAUCUUACAGAUAUGCCAGAGGAUGAAGCUGCAAAGUAUUGUGAAGAAAAUAAGUUGCAAAGUGCCAUCCCAAAGAUCAUAAAGACUGGAUUUUCUGCUAUUAAUCUUAUUUACUUCUUCACUGCAGGCCCAGAUGAGGUUAAAUGCUGGCAGAUUAGACGACAAACAAAGGCUCCUCAGGCUGCAGGGGCCAUUCACACUGAUUUUGAGAGAGGUUUCAUCUGUGCUGAGGUUAUGAAAUUUGAGGAUCUAAAAGAGCUAGGCAGUGAGCCGGCGGUUAAGGCUGCUGGGAAGUACAGGCAAGAAGGCAAGACGUAUGUAGUUCAAGAUGGAGACAUUAUAUUCUUCAAGUUCAAUGUCUCUGGGGGAGGGAAAAAGUGAGCCGAAUCCUCCCAUUAAAGGUUGGUUUUUAUUUAACGAGAGUUGCUUCCAGAGUGAUCGCUUAGAUCUGUAAUAUUUAUCAGUAAUUUUUGUUCCUCUUGCCUUCCAUCAUUUUAAUUUUUAAUUUUAAUUUUUUUUUUUUUUUAAAAUAUAAAAUGAACUUACUUCUACUCUAUGCAAAUGCUCUUCGUAAGGGGAUUUUAUUUUUAACUGAUUGUGAGAGAUAUCAAGGACCUAUUUUGGUGGUUGCUAA